CCUCAGUGCCCCGGAGCGGUGACCCGACAGCUCCGGGAUCGCGGGGGGAGCGGGGAGGGUUCGCGUGAGAAACGCUUCUCCUCUGCCGAGGCGUUUGUCAUGCACCAGCUGCGGCUUUGAUCUCGUCUGAAAGGCAGCUCGGGCGGUGAGGGGUGCCCAGUUCUCAGCGUGUGUUUUCAGGAUGGCAAUUUGCAGGCUCCAUCGUUCCUCCUCCCUCCUGCAGCCCGAGCUGCAGCUCCCUCUGCUCGGAGGGGCGCUGAAGACAGGACCCGUGCGUGCUCGCGGGGUGCAGCCGUUCUCCCAGGGCUUGCAAUGCUCCCCGAGCUCUGCUCUGCUGGCCCAGGGCAUCCCCCACCACUGCCCACCGAUUGCGGGCCCGGUGGGCUCCGGGCACUGGGGAUGAAGGAAGGGCUCUGUUAGUUGCUCCCAUCCAAAAUUCAGCUCCUUCUGAACUCGUUUUGGCAGCCAAGUGUCCACUUUGCAGCCAGGGAGGCCCCAGGUGAUUUAACUCCCUUUUUGAGGAGCUGCCCUGCCUGGUGCCGGGCUCAGGUUCUCACAAACUGAUUCGGUUUGGGGCAGUUGGGCACAACCAGCCCAACGCGACCUGCACGUGUUCCCCAAACUCUCACAACGUUCCCAGUGCACCAGCAUUUCACCCACCUUUCUGCUGCUGUGAAACACCUCCCGGCUCCUCCCGGCACCGUGUACCCCAGAGUGGAGCAAUUGUCCUGUUUGUUUCACCGACUACAACAAUGGAGUUUUGAUCUCUGUCUAUUCAUAUUCCCAAGUGAGACACAGAGCAGUGCUGUGGUACGGAGGUGUUUGUGUUGGUUUGCACUGCAGCUCGAGUCACGCAAACACACACACACAGCAGAGAGAACCAUCCCCACACCACGGAGCAGCGCAGUUCAGUGGGGCAAUGGGGUCAGGCAGAACCAACCGCUCCUGGGUGGGGCGGAGGGAGGGAGACGGCGUCUGGACCGGGAUCGGGCUCCGUGGGGGUGGUUUGGGAGAACCAGUUCCCCGGAGCCCAGGGUGAGUCACUGCGGGCGGGCGCUGUGUCCGCUGUGUGUGGUGUGUGUGUGGUGUGCUACAGCUCGGGGUCACUGCAGCGCUGCAGGACACAGCUCGGGUUUGCUUUGCUUUUUGUCUGGAAAAAGCAGUUGAAAGAUCAACGCUGCAAGUUAAAGAAUCGAGCGAGGAGCAGCGCAGACAUGGGAGCCAGCAGAGUUCAGUUGUUGGUUCACAUCUGUCAGUCGAACGUUUCUGAGAUGCAUCCAGCAGAGAGUUCUGCUGAUCCCACAUCUGGAGCUCACACAGAGCGCUGUGCUCGGACAGCUCUGCAAAGAGCCAUUCAGAGCUGUGCUGAGGGUGCAGGCUGCAUUCCUGCACUGCAGGGUCAGCUCGGGGCCGUCCCCUGCACCCGUUCCCACCCCACCCGUUCCCACCCCUCAUCCCUGGCACAUUUCUGUAUGCGGACGGCGCGUGUUUACUCUUGCAAAGCCACCUCUGCCUGCACAAAGCCCACCCGGGGACACAACAGGCUCAGACACGAGGCCAGAAGCCACGUUCCCAGGUCUGUGUCUCCCACCACAACGUCGCAGAUACAAGCCAGGAAGAAGCGCAGAGGGAUCAUUGAGAAGCGGCGCCGCGAUCGCAUUAACAGCAGCCUGUCGGAGCUGCGGCGCCUGGUGCCCACCGCCUUCGAGAAGCAGGGCUCAUCCAAGCUGGAGAAGGCAGAAAUUCUACAGAUGACGGUGGAUCACUUAAAAAUGCUCCACGCCACUGGAGGAGCAGGGUUCCUGGACGCUCGUGCUCUGGCCGUGGACUACAGGAGCAUCGGCUUUCGCGAGUGCCUCACCGAGGUGGUGCGGUACCUGGGCGUCCUGGAGGGACAGAGCAGCGCCGACCCCAUCCGCCUGCGGCUCCUCUCCCACCUCAACAACUACGUGGCCGAAAUGGAGCCGUCCCCGGCGGCCGCCUCGCUGCUCCCGGUGCAGACGUGGCCGUGGUCCUUCCUGCACAGCCCGCUGCCGGUGCCUCGCCGGGAAGCAGCUCCCGCUCCUCUCCUUGUGACUGCGUCCUAUCCACGUCUCACCGCCAGGCCGGCCCCGCUGCGCCGCGUCCCCGCCGACGUGCUGCCGUCACAGCGGGGCCCCCUGCCCGGCAGGAUGGCUUCAUCCACCCGCAGGGCUCGAGCUGCCCCCUCGGCUUCCACCGCGGCGGCCGCACCUCGGCUGCCAUCUCCAUCGGGGGCACCGAGGGGCGGCUCAGCCAAGGGCAGCCCCAUCUCCGCUCUGCUCUUCUCUCCCGCUGGUGUCCCUCUGCCUGCAGCCUACGCUGCGCCCGCAGCGCUGGGAGCUGCGCAGGGACCCGCGCUCAGGGUGGGGGCAGCCCGGCUGUGCCGCUCCUGGGCCACUGAGAUCGGCGCCUUCUGAGCCCCCAGCGCCCCCUGCCCAUGGGCUGCAGAGCGGAGCCAGACAACCGGGCGCCCCUCCUGUUUGCGGAAGCCAAGGACCCAUCCAGAAGAUCCUCUUUGCUGUCCCCCCACCCCGCUCCUCACGCUGCCUUCCUCACUUCACCGUCGCUCAUCCUUUGCAGUGCCCACAAGUGUCAGCUCCAUCUGCUUCCAUGCGUUCUCUGGGAUGGGGGGCACUGCAGACCCCGGCCCUCUGGCAGAGCCCAGUACCGUUCUUUGCUGCCUUAUCUCCUUGGGGACUUGGAGCUCAUGGAUGGACUCACUCGGGCUGUGUUCCCCAACUGCAGCACCCAAUUCCAGGGUCCUGGGAUGGGUCUUGCUGCUCCCAGCACUGCUCUUCCUUGAUGCAGCCCAACUCAUCCCACUCACAGCAGAGCACUGUUGGGCUCCAACAGCCCUCAGCCCACAGCCAGGUGAGAGGAGGUGAGACACCGGAUUUCAAAGGACCCUGCGUGGAGGGGGUGACUCUGACACCGACGUGAGAAGAGCAGCCCUUCACUCUGCCCAUCACCCUGCAGGAGCCGUCUCACCUCUUUCCCCCAUUGAGAGCACAGCGUUUCAGACCAGCAUUCCAAGUGCCUCCCCGUUUUCUCUUGGCCUUUCUCCUCCCGCAUGUUUUCUCUCUCCAGCACCGUGUCAUGGUCUCGUGUUUCUCACCCCUGGUUCUGGACCAAAACCCAUGGCUGCUGCACUGCUGUGUGUCCACAGAUGCUGGGCUGCGUUCCUGCAGAGCACGUGAUGUGUGCAGCCCUGCUGCUUGGAGAGAGAGUCUUCCUGGUUGUUCUGGUGAAUGCCGCUGCACUUAGUGUACAGAAAUGCCUCUGCUGCUCCUCCUCACCCCCGGUCCCCAGUGCCAGAAGCAGCCAGGAACACUUUCCUUCGCUGUAAAGCCAGAGGAGGCCGUGGCCCCGGCUGUCCUGUGCUGCUCAGUGUGCCAGAGCGGCAGCAAACAGCCCAGCCUCCCUCUGUUAGAGUCACAGCUGUGACAUCCAGCAAAGGUGGUAAAUAAAGUCUUUCCAGCCCCUGUUGGUGUGA